UCAAUAUAAAUAAUUCUAUAAAGAGUAAAACGUUUAGAGUGAGUAAUUAAGCUUGUAAAAGUUAACCGAAAGGGGUCUUGAACGGUGAAAAGUGAUUGAUUUUGUAUGUGAUCUCUUUCCUGGUCUUUACGUCCAAUUCUAAAUCAAAUUCGAGCCAAAAUUCAUUGCAAAACCGGAUUAAGAGAUUUCCUGAUGAAGAAAAACCCGGCAAAGUCAUUAUCAAAUUCGACCGUCCAUUCGAAGACGUACACGUCUUUGUAGUCAACACCAUUCACCUAACUUCCUAGAAAACCACGUAACAUUGCAUGUGCCUAAUUAAUUACCCCUAUCAAUAUAUAGAUGAUGAUUGAAGAUGACUUUGUAAAUUUUCUUUUAGAUUCUCAUUACAUCAUUUCUCUUUAAAUUUGUACACUUCUCCUCGAUAAAUUUUCGCUCUCUAACAAAAAUCUUUAGAAUCUUGCCUUUUAAGGAGAAACACUGCAUGCAGACAAUGGGGAAUACGAAUUCGAUGUGUGGGCUAAAAAGGUUUUCGAACUACAAGAAGUCUCCGAUAGAUCUUUGCAUCCGUAUCAUCACUUGGAACAUGAAUGGAAAGGUUUCGUAUGAGGAUUUAGUUGAGCUUGUUGGAAAAGAAAGGAAGUUCGAUUUGCUUGUCGUUGGCUUGCAAGAGGCUCCCAAAACUAAUGUUGCUCAAUUUUUGCAAACAGCUUCAUCUCCAACUCACGAGCUUCUUGGAAAGGCGAAAUUGCAAUCGAUCCAGUUAUAUUUGUUUGGCCCAAAGAAUUCACAUACAUUAGUAAAAGAAUUAAAGGCGGAGAGACAUUCAGUAGGAGGAUGUGGAGGUUUAAUAGGAAGAAAAAAAGGAGCCGUGGCUAUUCGUAUUAACUAUGAUGACAUCAAAAUGGUUUUCAUCUCUUGCCAUCUCUCUGCUCAUGCAAAGAAAGUGGACCAAAGAAAUACAGAGUUAAGACACAUAGCAAAUUCACUAUUACAUAGAGACAAAAAGAAACGUGACCUCACUGUUUGGCUUGGAGAUCUAAACUACAGGAUCCAAGAUGUCUCUAACCGUCCUGUUCGAUCUCUUAUCCACAACCAUCUUCAAUCUGUUCUUGUGAGCAAAGAUCAACUCUUGCAAGAAGCGGAGAGAGGCGAAAUAUUCAAAGGUUACUCUGAAGGAACUUUAGGAUUUAAACCAACCUACAAAUACAAUGUAGGAAGCAGCGACUAUGAUACAAGCCAUAAGAUCAGGGUUCCAGCUUGGACAGAUAGGAUCUUAUUCAAGAUCCAAAAUACUGAUAAUAUUCAAGCAACUCUUCACUCUUAUGAUUCCAUAGACCAAGUAUAUGGUUCCGAUCAUAAGCCUGUCAAAGCGGAUCUUUGCUUGAAGUGGGUCAACAAUUAAAUAGAUGCAUAAAAUUUAUGAAGGAUAAGAUGGUAUGUAAUUACGCAUUACUACUAUUUUAGAGUAAAUAGUUUGAAACAUUUUGAGUUCUUUAUUAAUGAUUAUAUUAGUGUUUUGAAUGUAAAAAACUUGCAACUUCAGAACUCUUCAAAGUGUCAAUUGUGAAAGUCUAGUAUAUGUGUCACAAUUUUUUCAAAUAUUGUUCUCAUGAGUGGCAGGCAGAUCACUUACUUCAUCAGGAUUUGCCUUAGCCUUUGAUUUUUAAUUGAAAGUCAAUUUUUGUGUGA